AUGCAAGCUCAAAGUUUUUGGAAAAGGUGGAGCGGAGAAUAUCUUCCACAACUCCCCAAAAGAGGUUGCUGGCUGUCAAAAAAUGACAAUGUCAAAGUCGGUUCAUUGGCUAUUUUAAAGGAAGAAAAUAUACCAUCUCUCAAGUGGAAAAUGGUCAGAAUUACCAAGGUCCAUCCUGGAGAUGAUGGAAUCGUUCGUGUGGUCACUAUCACUAACUAUUUCAAAGGGGGAGAAUGUUGGAGCCAAUAUGGCAAUUUUCAUGUGUAUAGUUUCAUGUAUUUAUGUUGUUGUGUUCCGUAG